AUGGCAGCUAGGCACAGGAGUUUACUCUUGCCUGAGGCCCUCGGUAAUCUUAGGAGGUUUUCGAACUACAUUCAACGCCGCGAAGCUUUAAAGCCGCACCAGGAAAGACGAUUGAAGGAGGGGUUCACUGUGCUGUAUAAAGUACCAGAUAAGCAGAAGGCAUACCGUGAUUUCCUAUUCAAAAUCCAAAACUUAUGCGGUAAUGAGGGAGACGCCAUGGUGGCCUUGUGCAUUCUCGGUCUCGGGAAAAAUACGAUUAAGAGAUUCAAAGAAGAUCUCUAUACAAACUUGCCUUAUGAGAUUGCUUCAAUGAAGGAAGACUUGUGGAAUGGUAUUUUAAAUCGCAUCAGCAGAAAACCUAUCCACUGCUCAUAUAGAGAGAGCCACGGAUACCUCCCAAUCCAAAAAUUUGGAUACUUCAGAACACCCGCCAGUUGGGAGUGGUGCCCAUUCUCAGGCUUUGACCGUCAACACGGCGCCUCAUCCUCCGUCAGGUCCACGUCACGGCUCUGUGUCGUUAGACGUUCGCGUUAG